GUGUCGCAUCAGACACUGAGUCAUCGUGCUGCUGGGUUGGAGUCGUGGUGGUGUUAGGAAUGACCUGUUCGCGAUGAGAACCCAAAGCGGAAGGCACGAUUGGAUUUAUCCGCAUAUGUCGGUCUCGCAUGCAAAGUGAAGGAUGCGGAAAAUGCCCCGCUAUCGACGUCAAUCCUCCGACUAAGCCUUUAGGCUGUCUUUCUACACACUUCUCACCUUGGAGCGUGGCGUGUCCACAAUCCCACAUCUGCCGCAUCCUAAAGCUUUGAUCCACCGGGAUGAGCGGUAACUUCGAUCCGCAGUCCUUCUUGAAGGAGCUGCACACCUCCUUCGAGAUCAACGCCAUCCUGCGCGGUGCCCAGCUUACGUUCGUAGGCGCCAACCGUGCCCUGCAGAAUCCGGCGCUGUUCACCAGCGUCCAUUAUCGCCAGGCUGCAUUCGCCGUUAUUGCUGGCCUACUCAUCCGCUUGAUCGUGGCCAUACCUACAGUUGGCAUUCGUCUUCUGAUUCACUUUGCCGGUUUCUUCGUGGACCUCGACCACUCGGCCUGGGAUGAGGACGUCAUUGAGGGUAUCGAGUUUGUGGAGCACUCUGUCGUCCAGGUGCCUUUCUUCCUUAUGAGCUUCAUCCGCUACCUGAGCCCGGCCAUGGACGCCAUGUUUAUGGACAGCUUAGCUUGGGUUGACCGGACGUACGUGCAGAAGCACAAAGACGAGGACCCGGAUGAACUGAGGGCCAUGUACUAUCAGAACCUCAAGAGAUACAAUGCGCAUGGCGAGAAUCAACGCAGAGACCCGUACAUGGCGAUCGUGGCAUUUCUGACCCGCUUCGGCAAACGAGCAGCUCUGUCUCUUGCCGUAUAUUUAUGUUCGUUCAUACCGUACGUCGGACGGUUUGUCCUGCCUGCUGUCAGCUUCUACACCUUUAACAAAGCCGUCGGCCCAGCGCCUGCCGUCCUGAUAUUCAGCACCGGAAUCUUCUUGCCUCGGCGGUAUCUAGUGCGGUUCUUGCAAAGCUACUUUUCAAGCAGAACGCUUAUGCGUGAGCUACUUGAUCCGUACUUCUCCCGCAUUCGCUACACGCCGGAGCAGAAGCGGCGUUGGUUCAAGGAACGCGAGGGUGUCCUCUACGGCUUUGCGCUCACCUUCUUCAUUAUCCUAAGGAUACCACUAGGUGGCGUGCUCAUUUAUGGCGUAGCAGAGGCUUCCACAGCGUACCUCAUUACGAAAAUCACCAGCCCGCCGCCUCCGCCAGAACAGGCUGCCGGCUUCAGGGAGCGCGAUGUACGAUGGGAGAAUAAGCAUGAAUUCCUUAGUCUGCCACUGGAAGCGCUUGACAAGCUCAACAUCAAGGCCAGAGGCAAGGAAGCAAAGCCGACUGACGCUGGCGAUGUGAAAGGAAGGCAGUUUACUUGAGGGUACUGCCUCUUUUGUGGGAUCUGCAACUAAUACUGCCAUGAGCCCUUUAGCAAUGUCCCAACUACAAGCGGAUACCAAGCAACAUACGCUGGGUCUGUCUGCAACAUCAGUAAAUGGCACCAAACCUCCGCCAUAUAUCAAUGUCGGAAGGAGCCCCGCAGCCAGUAUGAACAACUGGUUGCAAUAGCAACGCGCUCGGUCACAUCUUCUUCUGCCUCGUCCGUACAUAUGGUAGGGAACAU